UGGUUCCAGUGUCCCAAGUGUAAAUAUACUGGCAGUACAUCUGUGCACGGAUUGCGGAUCUCCACAGUUUUCCCUGCAUUUAGGUCAGAAGGUGAUGGGCACACAGUAAACUGUUCACCUGUCAGCUGGGAGACUUCAGUAGAGAUGCACGGUCACCUGGAUUACAGCACCUGAGGGACUUACACUGACCUGGAUCAACCCACCUGAGGGACUUACACCUGUCACUGGGCUGGAUCACAGUCUUUCACUGGAAUGCAGCUGAUUUUUAAUGGAAGCAAUAAGCCAUAUUGACCAGACAUGGGAUGUAGAGUUUGUAGGGAGGGUUUCAGCAGGUCUGUGUCAUUAAUAUGACCUCUCACACCAAACGGGAGUCCCCACACGGAGACAGUCGUGAGAAUCUAGGGGUGGACCUGCUGGAUACGACCUCUGCUCGGUUACGGGCGCAGCAGGCUGCAGAGUAUUACCACAAGUCGGUGCUGCAGAAUGGUAGCAGCCCACACAGCACGCCACCAGCACGGGAGAUAUCGGGACAGAAAUCAGCGCGGGAAGACAGCCCAAAGGUGAACGGUAGCAGCGCAGGGAGUUCCCCUGGAAACACAAGUUCAAGACAUGCAGUCAAGAUUCACCUGAAUCUCAGUCGCUCAUCUCCUCCAAAAGCAAACAUGAACAAUAACACACCUUACGCGGACGAACGAAUGUCCCCACGAGCUCGCUUGGGGCCACACCCACGGGCCAGCAUGCAUGCGGUCAUAGCCGAGAACAGGUCGUAUCGUAAACCCAAAUCUAAAGUGGACCCAUACAAGGGAAUGGACCUGGCAAGGGAAAGGGGAGGGCAUGGCUUGUUACGGUCCAAACGAUCCAACAGUGACUUGAGCUUGAAUGAAGUAACUGAAGAGUAUUUGGAUGGUUCCCUCAGACGGGAGUAUGGGAGCACCUCCUCACUAGAGGUACAGAGUGUCGGUGGCGAGAGCUUCUUUGCUAUGUUGAAGGACCUUCGGCCAGACAUUUCAUUUGACCAGCGUAGCCCUGCCCCACCCAAGAUACAGGACUACCUUCGGUGCAGGGCUGAUGGCACGUUGGUGGAGGCCUCUGGACGAGUUGUAAACGGUGUCCCUGAGGAACCCAGACCUCAGAACAGCUCCUCCAGCCCCAAACUCAGCAGAGCAAUGACUCCACGAGCGAAGGAGAAACAGAUGAAAUACUCGCGCUCAAAAUCUGCAGGGGGUGAGUCCUCCCUCUUCAGUAUGCUGCUAGGGACUAAGAAAGAAGGACCAGACUCCAUGAAGUCACCUGACGCAGAGGUGGACGGUCGCCUGGACGAUAAGUUGCGUAGACGAGCAUUCUCGCACUACGAUUGCCAGAGCAUGACCUUUAACCUUUCGGACGUUGUCAGAAACAAGGAGUACCUGGAGCGUAGAAGGAACACGACAACAGGCGCGUCCGCAGCAUCCUCAAUACGGACUAGCCAUGCCUCCAGUCCCCACAACAGUACUGAGGACCUGUCUAUACAGGAACUGGAUCUUGGGGAUGGGAAGAGCAAUAAUCUCGUGCUCAGUUGUCCUUUCUUUCGGAACGAGCUCGGUGGAGAGGAGGAGAGGAGAAUAAGUUUGUCGCGGGGUAAUGGGGGUAGUCGGGCCUCGCGGGCAUUUCGCGAGGGGAUGGGACCAAAUCUAGACUCCAUGUCAGGAUUGAGACCAACGACAGCAAGUGUUUCAGUGUUGGACACAGGCCCUGAUCAGGAUGAUAUGUGGCCGGUCGGGGGCAGAACACGUGGGUAUGCCAUCGAACACGUGGACCACGGGGCGUACUACUUCAGGAGGUACUUCCAUGGACAAUCUGAUGUCCAGAACUACUUGGGAGUGGAUGAGAACCUGGGCCCCAUCGCUAUCAGCAUCCGCAGGGAGAAGCUACCAGAUCACAGCGGCACCAGCAGCUCAGCAAACAAAGAUGGUGGCUCUCCUGUACCUGCUCAGUACAUGUACCGUCUCAUCAUCAGGACCAGUGAUUUGGUAACUCUGCGAGGGUCUAUCCUGGAGGAUGCCAUCCCUUCCACAGCUCGACAUGGUACGUCCCGGGGUCUGCCCAUCAAGGAUGUUCUGGAGUUCGUCGCCCCAGAGGUCAACCUCGGCUGUCUGCGCCUCGCCUCGCUCAGCCCAAAAACAUCGGAACAACUGAUGAGACUGGACGAACAGGGCCUCUUGUGUUCCCCCAGAUCUCUACCCCAGUACAAGGUGGGCAUCCUGUACUGUAAGACUGACCAGGGCACAGAGGAGGAGAUGUAUAACAAUGAGUCAGCCGGUCCCAUAUUUGAUGAGUUUCUGGACACACUGGGAGAGCGUGUUCGUCUCAAGGGCUUUGAGAAGUACAGAGCACAACUGGAUAACAAAACGGACUCCACUGGUAGCCACUCCCUGUAUGCCACAUACAAGAACUGUGAGGUGAUGUUCCAUGUGUCCACCAUGCUGCCAUAUACACCAAACAAUAGGCAGCAGCUGCUGAGGAAGCGACACAUUGGGAACGACAUUGUGACUAUCGUGUUUCAGGAGCCAGGUGCACUGCCCUUCACUCCAAAGACAAUCCGCUCACAUUUCCAGCAUGUUUUCAUUGUGGUACAAGCCAUCAAUCCAAACACAGACAACGUUAUGUACCAAGUGACUGUGGCCAGAUCCAAAGAUGUUCCACCCUUUGGCCCCAGCAUGCCUGAGGGUGCAACCUUCCCCAAAUCUGCUCAGUUCAAGGAGUUCCUGCUUGCUAAAAUUAUCAAUGCAGAGAAUGCAGCCCACAAGUCUGAGAAGUUUGCCGCCAUGGCUGUCAGGACCAGACAGGAGUACCUGAAGGACCUGGCAGCAAAUAGCACGACAACAACAUCCAUCGACUCAACACUCAAGUUUGGGAAGUUCUCUCUAAGCGGGAAGAAGAAGGAGAAAACCCGUCCCAGACUGGCCCCUGAGCUGGCCAGCACAGGAGCCAUCAUCUGGGACAUACAGAUUGAGGACUUCAGCACGUCCACCACAGUAGACUGUAUCCUGGGCAUCUCCAGUGAGAUGUUUGUACUGGUGGACGGGGAGGUGAAGGAGGCUCUCUUCUCUACACCCUGCAAGUCUGUCAUCGGAUGGACAUCACAAACAGAUGGGUUGAAGGUUUACUACAACCGUGGGGAGUGUGUGGUGAUGAGCUGUCCUGACUCGGAGGCAGAAGUGACUGAGAUUGUGGAGAGACUGAUGAGAGUCACACAGGGGUGUGAGACCCUGGAGAUGACCCUCAGACGGAACAGCCUGGGUCAGCUGGGCUUCCAUGUUGACCUUGAGGGCAUGGUGGCAGAGGUCGAGCCGUAUGGCUUUGCAUGGCAGGCAGGGCUGAGACAGGGCAGCAGACUGGUGGAGAUCUGUAAGGUUGCUGUAGCCACACUCAGCCAUGACCAGAUGAUUGACCUGCUGAGAACAUCGGUGACUGUGAAAGUGGUCAUCAUUCCCCCCAUGGACGACGGCACACCCCGCAGGGGCCUGUCGGACCAGUAUUCCAACUACUCCACAUUGGAGUCCAGCGUGUCGUCCCACUCCUCUCAGGAACGUUCUGACGAUGACAGCGUGUCUGGCGCCUCGCGAACCUUAACCAGCUCACGCAACUCCUCACUCAGGUCCAACCAAUCAGCUGCUAUCCAGACCACACAGCCCCAGAGGUCGUCCUCCUCCUCCCCCAGUGCUCGGCAGGGCAGCCCGUCCCAGUUCCGCUACCGCCAUGAGUACGGGCACGGGCGUGACUCUGGCGGGGAGCUGCGGAGACAGGUGCUGGAGGGGAUGAGCGGGCGGGAGGGGCGGUACAGCCGGGACUCCCCCUCCUCCACCCUCCCCCUGCUGGUGGGACAGGACGAGCCCAGUCUCAUGGAGGAGAGACAUCGUGCCGAGAACGUCGACACACAUGUUGAUGCAGCAGACCUGGCCUGGGCCUACAAGCCUGAGAUGUACAUGGAGUCAGCAGCCAGCAACAUCAACUACCAACAGAACAGAGCACACAGGCAGAACAUGCAUACUCCCAACUCUAGUGACUCCAGUAAGAACAACACCCUGUCCAGUACUGACACCAGCACUAGCGAUGAGAAGUGGUAUGACACAGGAGACAACAUGGAGCCUGAGUUCCCGUCCACCCAGCGUACAGCGUCCACAGACAGCGGGCUGGACGGAGCCAUGAUCCCCAUGUCAAACCUCAUGAAGGCAGGGGAUCGGGAAGGUUCCACCCAGCAUGUGGGGGAGUCUCCUGAGAAUUUCCACACCCCUCCUGAGAACACUGUGGAUGUUCCUGACUUCAUGCAGCAUCCACGGUACCGCAGCAGCAUCACCAGGGCCAUGGAGAAGAUGAGAGGCCAUGACCCUGACGGUCUGCGAGCAGGGCCACAGGACCCCUCCAACAGCACCUCCAACCUGAGCGAGGUGUCGUCUCACUCCCAGUCCAGCGACGGCAGUCUGGGGUCAGGACACAGGGACAGGCUCAACAUCGCCACCAGGGAUGGCAACCCCAGCCCUAACAAGUCCCAAGGCUCGCCCACACAGCGGAGGAAGAAGGCUGGACCCAAGAAGUACCCGCCAGACGACAGCGCCAGCAGCGCCAGCAGCAGCAGUCCCAAGGCCUCGCUACGCAGCUUGGUGAUGGAGGACAGCGGCGGGACACGGUCGCGCCCGGGGUCCAUCGCCACGCGGGGCAGCUCUCGCACGGCCGCGCUGCUGCAGGCUGCUAGCAUGCAGGAGGAUCUGCUGAAACUCAUCAACCCUGAUGUCUCUGAGGCUGAAAUUCAGGCCUCCAACAGCAGAGAUGGUGCCAGUGGCCCCGGCAGACCGCCCAUCCCACGCACUGUGUCAGACGAGAGCAUGAACGGUUCGCGCCUGAACAUGAACCGCAGCAGCAGCCAUGAUUCCCUGGACCAUGCAGGACGCGGAGAGUCGACAUUCAACAGUGCGGUUCCUCUGCUGAGAACCUACCCCACCAGGAUGAGUGCCCAGUCUGCACAUGUCAGAGAAGGAGGGCGUGACAAGGGUUACCCUGGCAACAUGCUACCCCUCCCCGAUCCUGCCGCUGGGAUCAACUGGAACAACCUGGUGGAGACGGCCAAACAGUUCGAAGGUAUCGGGCCCUCUCCAGUUACAAACAGACCAGCACCUGAGACCGAGACAAGGCCAUCAGGAGAAGGGAACGAAGAUCGAUCUGGUGGUACAAACUCUGAGAACAAGCUGCAGCCGUCCGCACGGAUGAGUGCAGGGCAACAGCUAAGGAGAGACCCGGAGGAGUCCCAGAGAGGAAGAAGACCACAGUCGGCCCUUCAACGCUCCACAGAGCUGGAGACACGGGUGCGACAACUCCAGGAGGAGCUCAGAAAGGAGCGUCAGGAGAAGGCAGCGCUGCAGGCGGAGAACGAGCAGCUGCGGCAGGACAACGUGCGGCUGCAGGAGGAGUCCCAGACAGCUGCUGCACAGCUGCGCAAGUUCACCGAAUGGUUCUUCAACACCAUUGACAGGCAAUAACUACAGCACUGGAUGGUGACAAACAUAGGCUGACAAAUCCUGCUGACUUCACAAAACAAUGACCAUUGUAGUCCAGCUGUACGUGUGGCUUAUUGAAACACAACUCAAGGCCAUUAAGGUGCUUCAGACAACUGUCAACUUUCUACUGUGGAAAGGUCCCAGGCUCUCUGUCAGAGGAAGAAUUGCACAUCAACUCUACAAUCAGCAACAACUCAACAACCCAAUCACUGUGUAGGACUCCAAAAUCCAACUCUGGAUCAUACAACUAGUUUGAAGCAGGUUGACCAGAUUGGAAUGAAAACAAUUCCAGCUGUAGAUCAUACAAGACAUAUUUUGUAGAAAAUGUUAGACAACAGUGUGGAAGUUUUUCAAAAUUAUUUGUGGUCAGUUUAGUAAUAAAGGGCCAUGAAAUACAAACAUUAGAUACAUGUAAUCCAGUCUUGUCUGUGUACAAUGUUUUCAUGACAAACUGUAAUGUGUUUUAGACUGGAAGAGACUGGAGGAUUUUGUUAGUUGAUGAAUUUUGCAUAAUGUCAGCAAACGUAUGGUUUCCGUAGUCAUGUCAACAGGACAUUUGGAUGGAAUAGUUGAAGUAACAAUUGUAAAUGAUCACACCAUGUUGAAGUGAGUAUUUUUCAGUGUAAGGUUAUGAAAUGGCUCUGAAAUGCUCUCAUUUUUAGAUCAACUGAUAGAUCCUAUUGUUGGAAAUAAGCAGUCACCAGGCAGUUUGGUAACAGUCCUUGACCACAUUACUUGCUCCCUCUGUAUCCCUGCCCCUAUAGAAACCAACAGAAUUCUACCAUAAAGUUCUUCCUAUUCCAUAGUAUAGUGUAUGUCUGACACAGUAUCUACUGGUUCAACCAUUGAUAGAUAUGCAUGGUGAGUUACUAGUCUGUUCUUGUGUUGUGCCGUUCUGUCCGUAAAGUUCAUGUAGGAUGUGAGGAAGUGGGCAUCAGCCUGGCCAUGUGGACAUACUUGCCAUUCGGAACAGUCCCACAGAGUAUUCUAACUCUACUCUUACUAGUUAGAAUGUAGUUAGUAUCCCUAUGCAACUUGGUGAGUAGUCUUAGAUAGUUUAUCUUAUACUCUGAGGUCAAUCUUUAGGGAUUAAAAAACUUAAUCCUCAUCAGAACUCACCAACUUUUUUUUCAAAGACAAGUUCUUGACAAUCUGCACCCAAGGUCAGUGUGUUCAAGUAUAGUCUACUAUACACAAUAGCUGAUGUAUCUCCUAAUCAUGGUCUUCUUCUUUUGAUCUUCUUCUUUUAGCAAGACUCAGCUUAUGAAAUAUUGACCAUACAGCUUGUAAGUAAGAAAGAUGGUGAGUGUACAGGUAUACCCAAGUGAGCUCUGAUGGUAAACCAUAGCGACAGAGAAAACUUCUUGAUUCCUGUGUAAGAUACCCAGCUGUGUAACAUACCUUUUUGUUGCAGUUUUUGUCAGUGUCUGAGUGCUUAUGUAUUUUAAUUCAACAAUGGUUGUAAUUAAUUGAUUUGUACCAUUUUUCUCCUUGAAAUGAUGAGGAAUGUAAUGAUAGUGAAUGUUAACUUGAUAGAUAGGCUAGACUACAGGUGAAAUGGGUAUUGUUAACAUUGAUAAUUGUAUAUUUUGUUUGUUGAGGAUAUAGUUUGCUCAAUGAGCAUUAUGUUUUAAAUAUUUUAUACAGCAUUUUGUUGUAGAGGACUUUUUAAAAAUGUUUGGGUUGAUUUAGUUAUGUAUUUCUUGGUCUGACUGAACCAGAGAACAGAGAAGGAAUAGAGACACCAUCUCAGCAACUAAUACAUACAAUCAGUGUUGAGCUGAAAUUAAUUUUCUACGUAUAUUGUUCAUAAAGGAAAAUCAAUCAGUGGCUGGGAACUAAUUGGAGAAAAUCAUGUUUGUAUUAGAGACAGUACAAUCUCAGUAACGUGUAUAGAAUUGUGUGUGGAAUCUAAACAAAAGUAUUGUGUAUAGGCCCAACCCUAACCAAUUUCUUGUUGUCAAUAUUGUUUACUAAUACCAAUUAUUUUUAUUUACGGGGGGGGUGUGGUACCAGCAGCCUUGUGGCCUCAGCCUGACCUAAAUCACAGUGUGUACAUAAGAGUCCCACAGUAGGUAGUUUGUACAUAAAUUUGUACAUGUAUUUGUAUUGUAUGGGUAACAAGUGAAGAUAACAGCCCAUGAUUUGUACAGAAUUGUGUCCACUCCCCCGAUGUGUCAGGGGGUAGACUGGGGAAUAAAGCUUUCCACACAGUA